UCAUAAGUUAUGCGUUAUUCCUAUACAAGAUAUAACCACCAUAGUCCACAAAACUACAUUUACCAACUAAACACUCAACGGGUAUAACUAAAUCCCUCCGGAAUCCAAGAAGGCCUUGUGAUGUCCUCGAGUGCUCCAUAAACCAUGCAUCUGUAGCUGAAGCUGUCUCUGCAGCAGCUGACGCCUUCAUGUUUGAGCUUCCAUGUCUGCUUUCUACCUCCCAGACAGCAGCUCAUGCACAAAGGUAUUGCUGCAACUUUCCUCUACCUUGGAAAUAACACAGGAAUUAUUUAAUCCAUAAUGCCAUAAUUAGUAAGUUAAGAUGAUAUCACCUUCCGCACAACCGUUACGUGCUGCACUGCCCUUAAAUGCACCUGAAGUGUAUUGGAAGCUGCAUGCCUUAUUCAUGGUGGUUACUGAGGCUGUUCUUCCUCCCCGGGGCCAAAUCAACAAGUGCAAAGACGUCUUCUUUCUUCUCAAAGUCUUGAUUAACUGCAAACAACUCCCGACCUGGGUCCGUUGUCUCUUGUAUUUGCAUCUGAAUUGGGAGGCAGCGCCGAAAAGCCUGUGCGUAAACACUCCUAAUGGCAACACCAUAACGCGCGCUUGAAGAGAGAGAGAGAGAGAGAGAGAGACAGAGAGAGAGAUCCGGAGACAGACGGGCGACAGUCAGCGCCGUGUUGGCCCCGGAGGCGGCGGGCGGGUGAGCCAAUGAGAAGGAGACAUCAACCCCCCCCUCUGCCCCGCGCGGCUUGGCGCGCCCUGUAAUUAGGAGCUCUAGUUGGGUUGGGCGCCGCCACGGUGGACAGCCGGGGCUGCUGCGUCAAGGGAGUCUAGGAGGCACCAGCUCCGGACCGAGAGGACCUCUGCGCGCGCCUCCUUGACACAAUAAUAAUGAACGGGAACUCCUCACCUGUCUUCGAGGGCAAAAAGCCGUCCCUCCCCAUCAUGGCCGGGAGCUCCAUCUCGGCCAACAAGGACUCUCCAACCCUGCCGGAGUCCUCGUCCACGGACAUGGGCUUCUACAGCGGCCAGAGUGCGCUCCACGGCGCGCAGGAAUUCUACCCGUCGCAGCAGCAGCAGCAGCAGCAGCAGCAGCAGACGUACCCGGCUCAGCACGUGAACCCGUACGCGUACCACUACAACGUGCACGGGGGGGCUGCCGGCGGAACCUACCCGGUCGGUAAGGCGGAAUACUCGUACCUCCAUUCGGCGUACAGAGAGCACGGCGCGUUCAGCAGAGACGCGCAGCCAACGCUUCACGAUGUGAAAGAGGAACCCGACGUGGAGGUGCGGAUGGUCAACGGGAAGCCCAAGAAGGUUCGCAAGCCCCGGACCAUCUACUCCAGCUACCAGCUGGCCGUGCUGCAGAGGAGAUUCCAGACGGCUCAGUACCUGGCCCUGCCGGAGCGGGCCGAGCUGGCCGCACAGCUGGGCCUCACGCAGACACAGGUGAAAAUUUGGUUCCAGAACCGCCGCUCAAAGUUCAAGAAGCUCUACAAGAACGGAGAGUUUCCGCUCGGGGAUAUUCCUCUCGAGCACAGUCCGGAGGCCAGCGAUUCCAUGGCCUGCGACUCUCCUUUGUCCCCAGCUGUGUGGGAGAACAGCAACAGCAAUAACAACAAUCACAACAACAACAACACAUGCAACGACGGCAGUACUAAGAGUAAUGCGCUCGUAGAUCCCACCGCCAGAGGGCAGGGAGCCUAUCAGCCUCCUGUGGAUCCGUCGCCCGACUGCAUGGGGCACUUCACGCACCAGAACUGGUACCAGCAGCAGGGUGCGCAGUUGGGUCUUCAACAGACGGGCGCGGCGCACCACACGGCACAAACGGCGCCGUUGGCCGCAUUGAGUCUGGAGGCCGUCUACUGAUGCUGAAACGCGGAUUCUGGUUCAACAGUUCGACGGAAGCUCCCACGCAUGAAUACCUGUGUGCUGUGAGGCAACAAAGACCUGACAGCAAUCAUCAGACACGAGUCCUGACCAAAAAAACCAGACACGCAUGUUGUCACACUGGCUUUUCUUCAAUUUAUGUGGCACGGCCUUGUAUAAACUCAUCGAGAGUAGCCUUUUGCAUUAAUAUUUCAAGUACGACCAUAUUCAAGCCGAAAAAAAUACUUUUCCUUCAAUUCUUCUUCCAGAGAGGGACCUCUGACGUAGCAUUUUCCCACCAAAGCAAUACUACUGACAUUUUUCAGGCUUAGCAACACAUUAAAGCGCUCUCCACCAGCCAGGCAAACUUUCAGAUUGGGAAGGUGGAAACACUGAAAGGCAGAUAACCUUUUGAAAUUAAACACUCAAUGCAAAAACAAACUGUAAACACUGAAAAUAUCCACAAGAGCGAUGUUUUUGUAUUGGGACCAAACUACAAACUUCACUUUCUACAAGGAAUACGACGUGAGAAUGAGAUCCCGAAGGAAACAGUGUAGGUCUGAAAGAGUGCUGCAUCAACGAAACAAAAAAAGGUGCAACAAUGGAAAAUAAUCUAGAGUUCUAGAGGGAACUGUGUGACGUCUGGUGGAUGGCCUCCAGCGACUCGUCACUCGGAGCAGAGUACGCGUCUGUGGCCUUAGGAGGAAGUAGCCUCUCUUCAGCCCGCCCCUCGCCAAUGCUGGAAGCACGGGCAACAUUAGCUGCUGCUAGCAUGAGCAAGCCCAAAUACGCAACCGAACUUUAGGCACCGUUUUUUGACGAGGAAUAAGAAUGCGUGGAAUUAAAAAAUGUAUAUAUUUGUGGUUCUGCUGUAUUCAUUCAGAUUUACUUUAAAAUGUCCACCGUGAGUCCGACCAUGUUCUACGGACUUGAACAGUUGAUUCCACAUAUCGGAGCGGCUCAGAUGGGUUUAUGCUGUUAAUGUAUGUCUAGCGUCUCAAUUUGCAUUCCCCAUUUUUCAAAAGAACAGCCAAAAAUUCAAGCUGUGUUGUGCGACUUUUAUCCCCUCGUACGAGUCGAGCUCGGAAAAUGCUGCAUCUUGAUCUUAAUGCAGCGUCUUUCAUUGGACCCCCCCCUCCCCCGUUUGAUAGAACUCCCACAUCCCUCAACCUACAUGUGUCCUUUCGAAAUGCAUGAUUUUGUUUUGACGUUUUAAAUCUCCAACUAGUCCAUGUUAGAGGACAUCAUGAGGGUAAUUUGACAAAGCUCCUCCAGAGCCACUGAAGCCAUGGUGCGACUGUGCUCUGAUGCCAUGGCUAAAAAAAGGCCUUUACUUACUAAACAAUGACCAAGAACAAAAAGCGACAGUAGCAGUUGGUGCUAAAGUAUAAAGAGCGAGUGGUUUUUGUAAUAAAAAUGUGCCGUACUCAGGUUUUUUAUUUAUAGUGUAAACUGUAGAGCAAAUGUGGCACAGCAGUGUGUGUCUCUGAAACUUUCUGUUGAAGAUAUAACUUAAAAAAUAAAAUGCCAAAG